AUGUUUGACUUCGGUCCCGCUCCCAACGAACUGACUCAAAACAGCUUGCUCAGGUGCCCCACGAAUGUAUCAAUUGCAAAUCCUUUUCGCGCUCAGAAUCAUGGUCUGCUUGAUUCCUCUCAGAGAAUGGAACAGUCUUCAUCUGGUGAUUGUUUCAUUGCUUGCCCAGAGCUUUUUAUGUCCAUGGAGCCGUGGAGACAAUAUUCCCUCCUUACGCUUCCUCGUGGCCGCAAUUCCGUUGCACUCAGUGUCGGUCAGAGCUUUCUGCCCAUCACGACCACUACAGUCUCUCCUGCUUUACAUCAUAAAUCCUCUGUGUUGUGGACACGUAGCAAUCCUCCGGUUGAGUUUCGUGGAUCUCAUCACGAUGUUGUGUGUGAAGGAUCAAAUAGGCCGCAGCCGCAUUCAGCCUUUCUGAACUCUCAUCCGCUAGUUGUGUCCCAAUCGAACUACCCAACCGGAGACUCUCUUUCACCCUCCUCCCUCGACAAUUCUUCUCAGGGAACAUCCCAAGAUUUGGACGAAUUUAGGGCAGAUUUAAACAGCACGGACCCCCUUAUGACCGACGUUGUCGGGGACCCCGGUAAGUCGAACAGGUUUUCGUUAUUUUCUAUUUCCUGA